UUAACUAACUGAGCUACAAGUUUGUUGUCUUAAUUUUGGUGAAUUGAAGUAACCCAUCAAAGGUUCAUCAUUCAUCAAUCAAUGGUAACUCUUCAUCACCACCGUCCACACCGCCUACUUCUAGACCAACCAACAAGUACACCACCAGCAUCACCAACCCAUGGGAGCAGACCACGUGGUACAAACGUCAGUGAAGCCAAUGGGAGCAAGGCACAUGAUACGUAUGCCAAUGAUGCCAAUUUUGACACCAACAUGGUCAUCAUCCUAGCAGCCUUGCUGUGCGCAUUGAUAUUUGCAUUGGGACUAAACUCAAUAGUCCGGUGUGCGCUGAGAUGCAGCAGAAGGUUCUCUUCUGAGACACCAGACGAGACGGCGGCGCGGUUGGCGGCCACGGGGCUUAGAAAGCGCACAUUGCGCCAGAUUCCCAUCGUGGUAUAUGGGACUGGACAAAAUAUUCCCUCCACAGAUUGUCCAAUUUGCCUUGGAGAGUUUACAGACGGGCAGAAAGUGAGGCUGCUGCCGAAAUGCAGCCAUGGAUUUCAUGUCAGGUGCAUAGACACAUGGUUUUUGUCACACUCGUCGUGCCCGAUUUGCCGCCAUUCGUUGCUUGAGCAGCCGGCUGCAGGCAGUUCGGAUUCGGCCGAAAAUGUUGAUGGUGGUGGUGCUAGACAUGCUGGAAAUGUAUCAUCAGGUGGACAAGGUGAUGCGACAAUCUCCGUUGAUGAGGCUGGCUAGCUAAUAGAGUGUUUGUAUUUUAUUAAGAAUGGGUGCUAGGGCAAUGCUUAUAUAUGGACAAUUGGAGGAGGACUUAUACUAGAGGAUACAAUUGUGACAGUAUUUUUAAGUUAAUCACAUAUUACAAUGUGAUUAAGUUAAAAUGAAUGACAGUGCUUAAUUUUAAUAGAUGUCGUCAUAAUGUGGCAUCCUCGUAAGUUUCUCUGUUGUAUAUGAGGAUUUUGAGGCAAUACCAUUGUCUCUUUAAUCACAUGUGUUAAAGAAGGAAGAUGGAGUUUGUCAAACUAA